CUACGCUACAAUGCAGCGCUCGACUGAUGAAUUAGAAGAGUUUCGACGCCAGUGGAAAGCAGAAGUGGAAAUCAAGAAGCAUGUUGAACAUGCGUCCGUGGAAGUACCAGCCAACACGGACAGUUCCCAGAAGAAUGAACAUUCCGCCGAGGCUACCCGUAACAGCUCAACCACAGGCUUGGUUCAGCAUGUUACGGAGCCAGAGUCGUCAGAAACUCAAAUAGAAGAGGAGGCUGUCGAAAAGAAAAGCGCCAUGGAUUAUUAUAUGAUUGCCGUGGACAAAGAGCGCCAAGGAAAUUUGGGCCAAGCCCUUGCAAACUAUAGAAGAGCGUUCAAAAUGGAUCGCAACAUCGAUUACAAAUACAAGCAACACUACCAAACACAUAUCGCUCCAUCCAUAACAGCUGAAGCUACAACUAAUAUACCCUCACAAACGCUGAGUGGACUAGAGGAAUCGGAGAACGAUAACUUUCACCACGUAGUUCAGUUUGGCAGGGAAUAUGUUGCUCCAAACACCUCACAUAGCCCGAUCGAUGAUUUAGUCGAAGACUUUAAGAACCAAAGUCUCGAAUACAUACCUGCUGACGAAGAGAAACCCGUGUUGAUAUCAAUCCUGCCCAAUGAGGUGGUUGUUCAUGUUUUACGGAAUGUAGUCUUUGACUCAGUGCGGUCAGUGCAUAAUUUUGCAUUGGUGUGCAAAAGGUUUUUACUACUUACGCGCGCCCAAUCCAUCUGGCGCCCGUUGUGUGAACAUGUUUAUCACACACACAAUAUUCCCAAGGAGAUAUCAGAUCAAUUCCAACUUGAUAUCGUCAAUAGAGCAUACAAUGGAAACUGGUUGCGAAUGUUUAUCGAGCGACCACGCAUUCGAUUUGAAGGCAUUUAUAUCGCGACAUGUCACUAUCUCCGUCCAGGAAUCUCGGACACAGCAUGGAAUCAACCUAUUCAUCUAGUCACCUAUUAUCGGUACUUACGAUUCUUUCCCGAUGGUACUAUCGUUAAAUAUCUGUCGACAGACGAACCUGUACAUGUCGUCCGAAAUAUAACAAAACAUUUCAAGGCCAAACAAGUGUUCCAUGGGAGAUAUGAAAUUGAAGGCGACAAAGUCAUUGUUCACAUGCGAGAUCAAGAAACUCGACCGACCGAGCGAUUCCAAAUGAAUGUCAAUAUCAAGAGCACUCAUCGGGGACGACACAACAAAUUAGCAUGGGAGGAGUACGUUAGUUGGAGCGAUGUGCGCGGAGACAAGACUAAUUAUAAUCUCAAGCACAUGAAGCCUUAUUACUUUUCGGUUGUUCGAAGUUAUAUCGUUGAAUGAAGCACCUCAGUGUAUGUAUUUUUGUUUGUUUGUUCGUUCCUCUCACUGUACGAGAUUUUUCUUCUAUCUCUUGUAUCUGCUGGUGCCAUACCUCCUACUUUUGUCAUAAAAUUGAAACAUCCUUUUGCUGCACGUUGCAUCAUUUACGCCUCUGUCAUGAAUGUUAGAACUCUGCUAAAAUGAAGUGAAUCAAAUUUUCAUCUCCCAACAAUAAAGUGUAUACGGGAGACUCAAUUUCAUAUUACAUUGAUGCUUAC